AUGACACAAUUUUCGGAUAAUAUAGAUAUUUAUAAUGAUGAAAAUAUUCUAUCUACAGAGGAAACUUCACUUCUUGGACAUAAAAAAUCAUUGAUUUGUUUGAAUUCUUUUUCAAAAAAAUCUAGGUUUCAAAAAAUUGUUUUUCUUUUUCUAAAAAAUACGGCUAUUUUAUGUGUGGUUGUUAUCUUAUUUGUAUUUGGUUUGGUUUUGAUAAAUGGUUAUGUUCAAAAGAAAUCUAUUUUAGAUGUUUUUUAUGUUACAUUUAAUAGGGUUGAUAUAAAAAAUAUAACUGAAAACGGUCUAGAAGUACAAGUCAUUGGUUCUAUUGUUGUAGACUUAUCGAAAAUUUCUUCUACAACCAUAAGAGGUUUAUGGAGAUUUAGUUCUGGAAUGAUAAAAAGGGUGACCCUAUAUCCAUCAAAUAUUAGUUUUUCAUUUCCGGAUUAUAUGAGAAAAAGCAUUGCUGUGGUAACUUUACCUAAAUUUGAAAUAGAUAUCCGAGAUUGGUAUCGUACUAGUUUUAAUGAACUAGUUUUUAUAAAUUUUCGAAAUGCAACGCCUUUUGUCCCUAUUUUUAGAACUUAUUUUCGAAGGGGACUUCACAAUAUCAAUGUGUCUGGAAAAGGUUUUUUUUAUUUGCGGCUUUUUCGUCUCCCAAAGUUUCGAGUAUUUAUUCAUAAGUCAUUGACUAUUUAUGAAGAUUUGCCUCAAGUAGAUCCUUAUAAAUUAUUUGAUGUGGAUUCUGUAAGAGUUAAAGAUUAUUCUACAGCUGGUGGUCUUGAAGCUAAAGUUCAGUUAAGUAGUAGGACUAUUUUUUCUGUUAGUGCUCCUCUUUCUCAUUUAACCUGGUACGCAUUGAUUCCUUCUUGCGAUCAAAUAAAAUAUAUAAAAAUUGCAGAAAUUGUAAACUAUUUGUAUUAUGUUGAAUCGACGAAUAGACUUAAUAUAACUUUGGUAUCUUAUAUAUUACCUUUCAAUAAUGAACUUUUGGAGGCUUGCCAUGGUUCUGGAAUAUCACCAUUAAAUAAAUUAGUAUCUGGGUAUUUAUCUGGACAACAUUCGGAUAUUUAUAUUGAAGGACAUGUUUCUAAGUCUUCUACGGAAGCAUCCAUUCCUUUAUGGUUGUCACAUAUAUUAACACAUAUGAAAAUUUUAGUUCCUUUUCCUGAAUUCUUUAAAAUUAAUCUUCUUAGAUCGAUAAAAAUAAAUAAGCUUUUUUUAGGAUAUUAUCAGAAGGAUUUUGUUUCUAGAACCUUUUUUCAUUUUCCUGAUUUUGUUUGUGACAUUACUGUAAAAAUAGAACUUCCAAAUGCUUUUGAUUUUUAUAUAAAUAUUACACAUAUUCGUUCUAACAUUGAUUGUUUGGAUAAUGGUACUGCAUUUGUUGGAUUAAUACAAAACGAUUGGGUUCCUUCUACUAGUAUAAGGUCAUCAUCUGUGUUAUUAGUAAAAACAAAAAUAUACCACAAAUAUUUUAGAAUUUUGAAUAUGACAAAGUUUAAUGGAUAUCUUAAACAGAGUAUUACGAAAAAAAAUAAAAAUUUUACAAUUUAUAUUAAAGGGAAUGUAUCAUUAAAAAUGGAUUCUCAUUUAGGUUUACUUUAUUUACAAGGAAUUCCAGUUUCCGGAAAUGUUUUAAUUGAAUAUUGA